ACAUGCAGGUUGUUAACUUGACGGUAGGCUAUUGAACGUUAUUUAUACCUCGGACUCACAGCCGCUGCUGGUAAAGGCAACAACUGCACGACUCGGAGGUGUGGAGACGAAAACAAAAGGAUAACAUAAUGGUUGAUGAGAAAUCUAUCCACGACAGGGUGACUGUGACAGAGGUCGAAGAGUUCCUGAGAAACCCUCCGGAUGAUUUCUCCGUGGAGGCCCUUGGUUCUGGUGGAUACAAUGUCUGCUGCGAUCCGGACAAGAGCUUGGUACUCAUCGAUGACUUUGAGUCCAGCUGCGGGAAAAUAGUUUUCCAGAAGUCGCUGGGAAGGUAAGUGAAAAGUCGAGUACACGGGCUGUGGCACGUUAUUCUUAGCGCUUUUACACUUUCAGUGAUUUUUGUUUUUUUUCUGGAACAGGCAAGUUUUAAUGCAGAAUUUUUGGGAGUACACCAGCAUGAGAAAAAGUCUGCUGUCUAAGAGGAUUUUUCUGCUCAUGUCUUACUGCGUGGAAGACUCAUCUGAGACCGACCAAAACAAACCAGAAACUAGAGGUAAAUCAAAGCUUUCAUAAUCUUUUCAUUAUCUUCAGCAUGACUUAAAAACAACCUGCUUCAAACCACAAAAAAAUAAAUGAAUAAAAACAGAAAUUACCCUUUGAAAAAGUGCACUACAAUUUUUACUUUCAACUCUUUGUGACCUUGAUGAACUGAUAAAACUUAUCAGUGUCAGUGUGACUCACGGGAUCCCAAUCUGGGGUAAUUUGUCAUGGGUGGGGUUGAGAAUUUUCAAUAGUGGCAAAGGGAGUUUUUGGUCUGCACCCUCUCUCGUUUCUUGUUUUCCUCAUAACUUGUUGUCUCUCUGUAAUAGUCCUGCAGCAGUAUGUGGUGUCCAUCGAUGGCAGCGAUACUUACAUCAAGUGGCAGAUGGAGCGAGGCCUGGACUGGACCAUUUCUUCUGUGGCUGGGGAAAGCUACAGAGUGGAUGUAAGUAGAAUUCUAGUUGAUGAUUUCCAAUUAAUGCCUCUGUUUUUUGUUUUUGAGCGAAUGUUCUGUGUUUUGUGACCAACAGUGGCUUUUGGUUGUUACAGAUAGACUUUAAAGAGGUUCUUGAGAGGUGGGGAGAAGAGAACAUCCACAUGACUGAAAAAGGGAAGCCUGUGUGGAGAGACACCUGCGUCACCCUCAAGUACUACUCUGAUGCCCUCUUUGACUUCGCUCACUGGUUCGGCUUCAGCAAAAGGAAAUUCAAUGUGAGGGUCUGAUCUGACCUUUUUACAUUUCAGCCUAAAAUGUUUAUCACUUGCUUGUCUAACUUCUCCGCUCUUUUUGCUUUCUCUUGAAAGUUGAGACUGACAUUAGCCAGUUGUGGAUGAAGAGGAAAAGUGGAGUUGAGCCCAGAUUUUUUUUUUGAAAGGGGCUUUCGUCUGCCUCCUCAAAGUUGAGGUGGGGCUGAGAUUGCAGCCUCGUGGGUGAAGGACUACAUGGAACUGAAGGCCCUGCCUUAUCUGCUCCAGCUGUUUCUGAUCUUUGGUGGAUGGAAAUCAUCAACAAGGGGGUGACUUUUGAGAUUUUUUAGGCACAUGAUGUGUCCAAGUGUAUCUUCAAAGCUGUCUUGUUAGCAUGUACCUCAUUAUAUUAAAAAAUGUUGCAUGCAAGGUUAAAAGGGUUGAAUCUGUACUACUGCAGAUUAAAAUGUUUGUAGUUUUUGUACUUGAGAAUAUGAUAUUAUAUGUGAGAAGUUUUCUAUAUUUUGUAUUAAAAAAACACAAUAAAAGUUCAUCUACAAAUACACAAACUG